AUGCCUCCCGGAUCUGGUCAAAAGGGCACCGGCAAGAAGAACUCGGCCAUGCCCAAGCCGAGCCGCAACUCGACGCCGGUGCCGGCCCCAGCAUCGGCGCUGCCGCCGCAGGAGUUCUACGACCCGGACUACCUCAACACGCGCGUCAUCCUCUUUGCGAACCUGACCUUUGACAACCUGGUCGACCAGAGCGCCUCCAGCGCUGCCGUGCCCGACUCGCGGAGCAUCGACGCCAUGCUCGAUAAGCUUAAGACGCUCAUCAGCAUCAUGGAGAAGCGCUCCACGUUCUACGACCGCGGCAUGCGCUACCUGGCCGACGAGCGCAAGAAGCGCCCCGACGACCUGCGAGUGGAAGGAGGAGAGCCAGAGACGAAGAAAUCCAAGCACAAGCGCAAGAAGGGCGCCGAUGCCUCAGGGCCGGGCGAAGGUAGCCAGGGCGGAGCAUCUCCCAAUGCCAUGGAAACCGAUGAGAAGCCCAAGAAGGAGGAAAACGAAGAGGAGGAAGAGAGCUCAGAAGACGAGGGCGCACCACCGAGGCGAGAGCUGCCCCAGGCGCAGACGUUUGGAGAAGAUCCUUCCACCUUCCCGGACCCGACCAUCUACGAAAUCCUACCAACCUACGAUGGCAUGCCGGACGAAGAACGAAAAAAGAUUUACUCCGUCGCAGUGUAUCCAAAGAGCGAUCUCUCCGAUCUGAUUGCCGGCGACCCUCCGGACAAGGACUUUAGCAAUGCGAAACCAAGCAGCCAAAUCAACUUUUCGACCUUCUCGACCUACAUCGAUCCCUACUUUCGCCCUUUCACAGAGGAGGACUUGGCGUUUCUGAGAGAACGCCACGAUCGCGUGACGCCCUUUGUCAUGCCUAAGCGCGGCAAGAGGCACUAUACCGAGAUCUGGGCCGAGGAGGAUGGCGCCAUGUCCAUCGACACACCCCAGCAGGGCCGUGACAAGUUACCGCCGAACCAGCCUCGCGGCAGCAUUGAGAACAUGAACGACAGCGUGGCCGAGACGGAUGCACUAUCCAUAGGGCCGCUUGCCGCACGGCUCCUGCAAACAUUGAGGCCGGAGUCGAGAGUGCCGGUCUCUGACGAUAAGCCAACGGCCAACGGCGUCACGAAUGGCGACGUCAGCAUGAACGGGGACAUGAACGGCGACGAGGCGAAUGGCAUGCCCGACGACAAAUCCAACGCAAUGCCUCCUGCCACUUUCAUGGUGGAGUCCACGUCGGAGGCAUGGAGAAAGGCGACGCAUCCAAAACUCGAGUAUGCCCAGGUGGAAGAACGGCUCAAGCAAGAGCUGCGGCAUGUUGGCUUUCUGCCGCCGGACAACAUCGAAAGCGAAUACGACGGUCAUUUUGACGACGAGGUUGCGGGCCGACUGCGGCUGUUGCAGGCCAGGCUUAAGGAGCAAAUGCUCGUCAAUGGCGCUCGCAAGGCACGGCUGAUGGACCUGGUCCGCGAGCGGAUGGCGCACCAGGAGUAUCAGACCAUUCUCGAAGACUUGGACUCGCAGGUCAAUGCCGCCUAUCUCAAGCGCACCCGGACGAUGGGCAAGAGCAAGAAGUCCAAGCGGCCCGGAGGCGCCGGCGGAGGCAGCCACUUUGUCGGCGCAGCGGCGGGCAUGGCGCGGCCAGGAAUAGGAGACCUGACCAAGACGCUGAUGGAGCGGCGCCGGAGGUGGAUCGAUACGAUAGGAUCCGUAUUCGACGGCGAGAACUUGAACAAGGUGCCCCGAUCCGAGGACCCGGACAGCUCCAUCUUCAAGCCGGACGAGAUGGCGGAGCUGAUAAAGAAGGAGAAGGACCAGUGGGACGAGGAGAUUGAAGAGGAGUAG